UAAUAAAGAUGAUGAUGGUUACAAAAUCUCUUCAACUUGUUGUCUUACUUGUUUGCUGUUUGACCAUCAUCACAAUUAAAUGUGCAAAUGCAACACAAAACCCAAAUAAAUAUAGUGUCAAUCCAACAAUAGUUCAUAGUGCUGUGUCAAAAGGAGCAGUGUGCUUGGAUGGAUCACCUCCAGCAUACUAUUUUGAACCAGGAUUUGGAGAUGGAGCUGAAAAUUGGAUUGUCCAUCUAUCCGGAGGAGCAUGGUGUAUGAAUGUCACAAACUGCCAAGACCGUGCCACGACCUCAAAUGGUUCAUCAAAAAAAAUGGCUCAACUAGAUUUUCAAGGAAUUCACAGCAAGAAUGAGAGUCAAAAUCCAGAUUUUUAUAAUUGGAACAAAGUACUUGUUGCAUACUGCGAUGGUGGAUCGUUCAUAGGAGAUUCUGAAUACAUUGAUCCAACUAAUAAUUCAACUAAGAAUCUUCAGUUUAGAGGGCAAAAGAUUUUUUAUGCAGUACUUGAGGAGGUGCUAGAAAAAGGACUAAAGAAUGCCAAAAAUGCUAUCCUAGCUGGCAGUUCUGCAGGAGGAUAUCCAGCAAUAUUAUAUUGUGAUUAUUUCCGUGAUUCAUUGCCAAUUAAAUCUAGAGUGAAAUGUUUGGUUGAUUCUGGCUACUUUGUUCAUUUUAAGAAUCCUGUGCUCGAAAGAUUUUGGUCAUGGAGAUUUGGAGGAGUUGCUGCUUUACAAGGAGCUGCCAAAACGUUACCAAAAUCAUGCACUUCAAAAAUGAAAGCAGAAUUGUGCCUCUACGCAGAGAACAUUCAAGAAUAUACUAAGACCCCAUUUUUUCUUUACAUGUCAGCAUUUGAUAAUAUUGAGACACAAUAUACUUUAGGAGACGAGAAAUAUACAACCAUUGAUGAGGGGAAAGGAUCAGCAUGUCUGAAUGCAUCCCUGCGAGAAAUGAGGUCCGAUUUCUUAAAUGCAAUACCCAAAGGAAAUGACCCUAAACAUAGAGGAGUUUUUAUAGACGCAAUGCAUCAUCAUACUAGCCUUAUGGGCAGGUGGUCUUUUGAAGUGGCCCUUGAAAUCAAUAAUGUGCUUGCCCCAAUAGCAUUUGCUGAUUGGUAUUUUGAUCGGAAAUACAGAUAUUUGAUAGAUGAAAUUCAUACCAUGCCAGUCCAAAAUACGUUCAAAAACGUAACUUAUGUUCACUAGACUUGUGUUUAUCUAUUCCAAGAAAAGUUAUGUAAAACUUUGAUUGUUGACAAUCAAAUUCUCUAUUCUAUUAUGUAAAAGAUUUUCCAUGUAUAUCAAAUCCGGUGACAAGGAGGUCCCUUUGACAAAAA